GCUCCGUGUCAUUCAUUCUCCUUGUUCCUUUAGAAACAUCUAAAAAUCAAUUCUCAAGUCUCUGUAGUUCUUCUCUAAUGGCGUCUUCUUCUUUCGUACGAAUCGCUGUUGUCGGAGACAUUCAUGGCUUCUGGAAUCUAGAUGAAGAUCAAAAGGCUCUUCGGCUACUGCAGCCUCACUUGGUUCUCUUCACAGGUGAUUUUGGUGAGGAAGAUGUCCCACUUGUGCAGAGCGUUGCUGCUCUUCCUUUCCCAAAAGCAGUUAUUUUGGGUAAUCACGAUGCCUGGAACACCCAGAAGUUCUCAAGCAAACCAAACGGCGUUCAAAUGCAACUCGAUAGCCUUGGUGACGAGCAUGUAGGAUAUCAACGCUUGGACUUCCCCUCAUUGAAGCUCAGUAUUGUUGGUGGUCGACCCUUUUCACAUGGGGGGAAUCAAUUGCACCGGAAAAAGCUUCUUGUCAAGAGGUACGGAGUUCGUGAUAUGGAUACUAGUGCUGGGAGUAUAUGCCGAGCUGCACAUGGAACACCAGAAGAUCAUGUGGCGAUAAUUCUUGCUCAUAAUGGGCCAACAGGUCUUGGUUCUCAAGCAGAGGAUAUAUGUGGAAAAGACUGGGGGGAUGAAGGCGGUGACCAUGGUGAUCAAGAUCUAGAACAGGCAAUACGCCAGCUGAAGGAUACAACAAAGCUAUCGAUUCCUUUAGUCGUGUUUGGACACAUGCAUAAGGAGUUGGAAUCAGGGAAAGGAAAUCGGAAAAUGGUUGUGCAAGAUAGUGACAACCAGAUUGUUUAUUUGAACGGUGCAAUAGUUCCAAGAGUUAAGAGGGCAAAGGAAAACUGUCAGGGAGAUUGUUUGAGUGGAGCAGAUGAGUCUGAGAAGAGUGGCAACACAACAAGAGCUUUCACAUUGGUGGAGGUUUCUGAUGGAAAAAUCAAGAAAAUAGCAGAAGUAUGGGUACAAGUAAACGGAAGUAUUGCCAAGAUUGUGGAGGAGAAGACUUUGUUCGAGGAUGCAACCUGAUUACUCAGUUUUCAUUUUGCCGUCUUAUAUUUGAGAUCUUAUAUAUUGGUAAUGAAGGGAAAGUCAUGAAAGAUUAACGCGCACUAUGAAUGUUAUUACGAGACUUUUGUGGUGUAUGUAGGAAAAACAAGAAUGCUAUGGAUUUAUCGAAAAUAUGUUCUCUCA